AUGUACCUGCCCGUGCCAAUCUUCGGCUUCCUCUGCGAUCGCUACGGUCCCGGAAUCCCUUCAAUCCUGUCAGGCUGCUUUGCUGGCUUCGGUUAUGUACUGGCAGCCUUCACCUACCGCAAUCCCGACUGGCCUUUCGCUGUCAUGGUCUUCUCGUUUGUUUGGGUCGGCAUGGCUACCAGCUGCAUGUAUCUCAGCGCCGUCACCACUUGCGCGAAGAACUUUGGAAGAGGAAAACACAAGGGCCUUGCACUGGCUCUCCCUAUUGCCGCCUUUGGUUUGAGCGGCAUGUGGGAGAGCCAAGUGGGAAGUCGCCUGCUAUACGAGAAGAAGCCCGACGGCACCCACGGAGAUAUUGAUGUCUUUCGCUUCUUCAUCUUCCUCGGCUGUACCUUGUUUGCGGCUGGUUUCGUCGGUUUCUUCCUCCUGAGGAUCAUUGAUGAGGACGAGAUGAUUGACGAAGCAAUCGAAGAGCUGGAACAAAGUGGUCUGUUAGAGGACAGCGCUUUCUUUAGAAGGGGUCAUCAUCACGACCAGCACGAAGCUUAUGGUGCCGUGCAGGAGGAAGACGACGAAGAAGAGCGCCAACGCAAGGAAGAGGAAGCCCGCAAAAAGACGUGGCUGCUCAACGAGGAGACUAGCCGCUUCCUGUCUGACAAAACCAUGUGGCUACUGGCUGGCGGCUUUUUCCUUGUUACUGGACCUGGCGAGGCUUUCAUCAACAACCUCGGAACUGUCAUUGGCACUCUGUAUCCACCCAGUAUGCCUGACGGCGAGAUCCCCACAAGCGCCGCUACUCAUGUCUCUAUCGUUGCCAUCACCUCUACUAUUGCACGUAUUCUGACAGGCACCUUGUCCGAUUUGUUUGCACCUACAUCGGUACCACACCAGCACCGUAGGGGCCCCAACUCGCUCAUGUCGUCCAUGGCCACAUUACCCGGUGCAGACGCAGCAGAGCCUCAGAAACGUCUCGAGAUCUCGCGUAUAACCUUCCUUCUUGUCUUCUCUCUCCUCAUGUCUGUUGGCCAGGCCGUUCUUGCUUCAGGCAUUGUCCAAGACCAUGGUGAACGUUUCUGGUGGGUCAGCGCUGCAGUUGGUGCGGGAUACGGUGCUGUGUUCAGUCUGACCCCUAUCAUUGUUUCGGUCGUUUGGGGUGUCGAGAACUUCGGUACGAACUGGGCUUGUGUUGCUACUGUGCCCGCUUUGGGUGCGACACUAUGGGGCUUGUUGUACAGCGCUGUCUAUCAAUAUGCAGCCGAAGACAACGUAGAGGCAAGCAGCGAGUUAUGUUUCGGUCGCGCCUGCUACGCCCCUACAUUCUGGGCUAUGGCAGCGAGUGUUUGGGUGGCAUGCGUGUUAUGGCUCUUUGCAUGGCGGGGUCCUGGCGGCUGGUAUAGGCGGGGCAUUGUGGUUUGA